AAAAGAAAAGAUACUCCAGAAGAGAAAAAGACAAAAAGUGAUGCAAAAAGAGCUAGAAAUGUUUUCCCAAAUACAUCGAAUCUAGUAUGUAAGUCUUGCGGUCAAAAUGGCCAUGCAUCUGCUAGGUCCAAAGAAUGCCCGAAUUAUAAUUAUGCAGUGAAAGAAUUGAUUCAACAAAAUCUGGGUUCUCAAAAUCAAAGAUAUACUGUCUCCAUACCUCUCAAGUCAUUCAUGUCUUCAGUAGAUGAGAAUGCGAAUAACACGGCGGUUGAAAAAAUCAAAAGGCUUUCUAUAUUUUUGCGAAAAGUCGCCUACAAUGCUCAGCUUUUUGUUAACUUUUAUAUUCUGAAAAACCCAAACAGUUUGCCUAAUGAACUAUUGAAACAAAACUUUUGGUAUAGCGUGAAUAGAGUG